UUCUCUCUCUUUCUCUCUCGCUCGUUACCGCGAACUCGAUCGGCAUCGGCACCCACACGAGGGGAAACGCGAUUUCCUUUUCCCUUCGCUAAACAAACAAACAAACUCUUUCUCUUCAGGAUUCCAAAUCCAUCCCUGCCUAUCUGUUGACGAAAAAAAAAAAAAAAAAAAAAAAAAGAAAGAGAGAGUAGGGAUUUCCUUUUGUAUUUUUUGUUCUGUGGAUAAAUUCGAUUCUGUUAUUCGUCCUAUCAUCAUAUUCUAGCUGUUGGUUUUUUAGAGAGAUUAAUGUCAAUUGCUUUAUUAUGCAAGAAACUCUGUGAAGUUUUUGGUGCUUUGUUUUAGUUUGCCAUCCGAAAUCGAGGGUUUUCUUGUUAGAUCUCAGCCAGGGCCACAGUUUUUUUUAUUUUUAUUUUUUUUUGUGGUUUUCAUAUUUUUUUUCUUUUUCUUCUUGUUCUGGUGUCCUUCCUUUUCUGGGAAGGAGAAGAAAAAGAAAGGACCUCGAGAAAAAAAUUAGGGUUUGGUUAUUGGUUUAGGGUUGUGUACAUACAUAGGUAGAUAGAUACAUGCGAUGGCGUUGAAUUUCUCGCAUCGACCGAUUUUUUCUGAGGAUAAUUUGGUGUCGUCGAUGAGGAUGGGGAUUCCGGAGAAGAGCGGUGUUGAUAAUUGCUAUGAUUACGGAAGAGAUAGGUGUGAUAGGGGUGGUGGUGGUGCGACUCACGAUGACAUUGUCGAUCUUUUGCCUUCGGAUCCCUUCGGCAUGGACAUCAGCACCACCUUCACGGCCAUCACCGGUUGGCUUGAGGAUUUGGAGGUUGAUUAUGGUGGUUAUAGAAGGGAUGAGCUUGGGGCGAGUGAUGACAAUUACCAGCUUUUUGCUGGGUUGAAUUUCAUUUGGAACAAUGCUAUGAGGUUCCAUGCGUGUGUUGAGGAGAAGAUGGGGUUUGGCGAGUGUAGUUCUCUGAGUGACGAUGGAGCUGCUGCUGCAUCGAGCAAUUUUGGGGUUGGAUCUGCUUCUGAUGCUGAUUUAUCGGGUUUGCCUGCUACUAGCGGGUCGGAUGAUGUUUUUAGACGGGGUGAUGACGACCUUGAAGGAGGAGGUGGGGGUGAUGAAUCUGGUCCUCACCCUGCCUUGAGUUAUUCUCUUGGUUAUCUGGGAUUGUCUGAUCUUCUUGUUGUCGAAAGAGUUUGUAAGUUUCUGCAUUCCACGGUUCAUGAUGAUCCGCUUUUGUGGAGGAGUAUCCACGUCGAUCAGCCUUUGAAUGAGAGGAUAACUGACGAUGUUCUUUUCCGAUUGGCUAACAGGGCUCAAGGUAAUCUUCAGUGCUUGAGCCUUGUUGAAUGUACCAGGAUAACUGAUGAUGGUUUGAGGCGGGUUCUUGAAAGCAAUCCCAAAUUAACCAAGUUGAGUGUCCCUGGAUGUACAAGACUCAGUAUUGAGGGUAUUGUGGGUAUGCUAAAAGCCUACAACUCUGUGGGUCCCCAAGGGGUGAAGCAUUUAUACAUAGGAGGUCUUUAUGGUGUUACACUAAAGCAUUUUGAGGAGUUGAGGUUCUUGUUGGGUGCUGAUAGCCGGCAGCAGAUGCGGCAGUCUCAUAAACCUCACUUCUAUCGCAGGGGAAAUUUGUAUCUGUCCUGUAAUGAUGAUCGAGCCAUGGAUAUUGAAGUUUGUCCACGAUGCCAGAAUUUGAGGCUUGUAUAUGAUUGUCCGGCAGAGAGUUGUCAAGGGACGGGACACACCACUCAGAUGUGCAGGGCAUGCACUCUAUGCAUACCCCGGUGUAGUCAGUGUGGCCACUGUAUCAAUGACAGUGAAUAUGAGGAAACAUUUUGUUUGGAAUUGCUUUGCUCUUCUUGUUCUAAGCAGCUAGUAAAAUGUUCAGAUGGAAAGGCCGGACCAGCUAAGUCAGUUAUUAUUCAUGAACAAAGCUAGAGUUGUUGUCAAAGUAUCCUGUGAAAAGUCUGAGAAAAAGUUUUAUAUGGAAGUCAUAUGAAGCGUUCGUUGAAUGCUGUUAGAGUUCUUUGGCGUUCUUUGUAAUUGGUCUUGGAGGUGGGAUGCAUUUGAUGGGUAUUUUCCUUUCGUAGAGAAAGUGGAAAAUGACUCCAUUUUUGUGUUUCCGCAGCUACCGGAGUGCAACCUGCAGGAAUGAACUUGAUUGCCAUGAUUAUUGAACACGUAUUGCACACUAUGGAUUUUCAGUUAUAUUGUGAUUAAGAGGUUAUGAGAGCUGCAGUUGGGUGUUGUGCUUUGCAACGUUGCAUUCGGAUAACAGUUGUGAUUGGCUCGGAUGCAUAACCGGUGGGAACACUCUGAUCUUUAGACUUUGGUUAUUUUUUCAUUUGCUGUAUUGAAUAAUUGACUAUUGCUAUGUUGUGGUGUUCGUACCCUGUUUUAUUUUCUUUUCUUCCAUCCUUGGAGGAGAAAAAUAAGGAAAGUGGUAUUAUGAUGUCAUUAAAUCCACGCUUAUGUCACUUUCAGCAUUAGCUUGUAUAAAUGAAAUGCAUUUAUGGUGGACUUGGACUUGAAAAUGAAUGCUAUUUAUUAUGUA